AUGCGGAGCACACAGGCAGGUUUUGCUGGCCUUGGGGCCCCACAGAGGCUCUUGAGCCAACCUGAGCCUCUGUUUCAGGGCGUGACGGAAGACACGAAGGUGGCUGCCAGUGACGUCCUGGUGGCUCUGGCCCGCUCCCACUUCAGCUUCGUGCUAGCCGAGCUCCUGGCCCAGCUGAAUGCCCCAGGGCAGAUCUCCAAGGAGUUCGUGCUCAUCACUGUGGGCAAACUCCUCAGCACCAACGCUCUGGAGCAGUGGGCCAAAGUGGUCAACGUUUACAUCUGCACCUGGAAAGGAUGCUCCUUGCCUGCUACGGAGAAGGAGCAGCUCUACGAAAACCUUGCCCAGGUGUUGUGCUCUGUGCCAAGCACCUUGCUGGACUGCCAGGAGGAAGAGGACAAGCAAGCUGUCAUCGGGGCCGUGACUCCCUUGAUGCGUGUCCUCCUGCACAAGGAGGAGCACCGGGAGCAUGUCUGGGAGCAGCUCCUCUGGCUCCUGCACCAGUACCGGACGGUGCCAAGACGCCUCCAGGGUGACCAAGUGCCCAGGGAGAUGAGAGCUGGCAGCGCCGUUUCUUUUCGGGCCCUCUCAAUGCUGCUGGACUUUCUCCACCAUGUUCCCACCUUGUUCCCACAGCUCACUGCCGACACCAAAGAGCACAGCCAGGACCAGAAGGCAGAGCUGAGCCAGUGCAUCCUGCUGCAAGCUCGCAUCUGCCCAGAGGAGACGAUCCUGUUCCUGGAGUCCCAGCUGGGCCACGAGAGGGAGGCCGUGCGCGUGGCAGCCCUGGGUCUGCUCGGUGCUCUGGCACGCUGUGACGAGCCCGCGAUGGCAGAGAAGCUGCCCCAGGUGGUGGAGGCUGUCAAGCGUGUGUGCAGGGACCCCAGCAUGCGGGUGAGGAGGGCAGUUCUGCACUUCAUCAGGGAGCUGCUCAGUGCCAAUGCCCAGAGCUGCUCAGCGUGGGACGUUGUGGGCUACAUCUUCAGCGAGUUCAGCCGGAGCUCGAGCAGAAGGGCUGCGGGACUCCUGUCUGCCCAGGAAGCCCAGGAAGAAGGAGCUCUCCAAGGGCUGUGCAUGGACGUCCUGGGGUCGCUGGACAUCUCUGUGAGAGGGAUGGCCAAACUCCUGUGGCCGAGGCUGCUGAUCUAUGUGAUGCCAGCCAAGUACACGGGCAUGCUGAUCCCCCUCUCGCGCUGUCUCCGCGCCCUGGCUGAGAGCAAUGAGCUGACAGCAGGGCACGAGCAUCACGAACUGGAUCCCGAUGUCCUCAACGCCCUGUUGCAAGACACGACGCUGACUCCGCACAACUUGCUGGCUCGCCUGCUGGUGGUGGCGGGGUCUCCUUUUGCGGGCAGUGACCUCCAAGCUGCUGCCUUGCUGGUGCUGCAGAGCCUCCACAGCAGGAUCCACGGAGCUGUGGGGGCCACGUGGAACAGCGAGAUUCCCCUGCUGCUGCAGUACCUCCAAGGAGGAAAGGGGAACAUCCCAGACGCUGCCGAGUGGGAGCGCCGUCUGCUUCAGUUCCUGAGGGCAUCCCUGGAAACCAUCGGGGACGACGCCUGGAUCAAGCGCCUGAGCUGUGCGCUGAGCCAGCGGCUGGACAGCUCUCCCAGCAGCUCUGGGGAGAAGGCUUUCCUGUACAAGGCUCUUGGGACGACGCUGGGAGCUUGUCAGGAACUCCCACACGUCCAAGAGAACCUGCUGCACCAUCUGACGAGAGCACAACCUGAGGAGCCAUCUGAGGCCCAGGGAAUCAUUGCUCUCGUCUGCCAAGCCGCCGACAGCCACUUCCGCCUGGCCUUGGAGACACUGACAACAUUUGCUGCCACCUCGAGCAGUGUCCGGGGCCUUAGGGUUUCCAGAGGCAGGAAGACGACCCAGGCCAGCAGGAGAGCUGAGGCCACUUGCAGGGCUGUCAUGCUCGCCCACAGCAGCAUGGCACUGCGUGCCUCCAAGGAACAACUGCUCGCCCACGUGGAGGCAGACAUCGCGGGCAACAUCCUGCUGCUCUCCAUCUCCAGCAGCCAGAACUUGCAGACCAAUCUUGCCCUGGCGCAGAGCAUCCUUGAGGUCGGCUGUGCCAUCCACGCUGCGGGGAACUUGGGCAGCUUCCAUCCUGUCCUGAAGCACAAGCUGCUGCUGAUCCUGCAGAACUUGAUGAAGACGACUCUCUGGGGCUUCCCGGCAGCGUCCCUGCACCUGAAGGUGAUUCUGGCCCUGGAGCAGUGGAGCAAGCUGGAGAUCUCGUUCAGCAGCAAGGAAAUUUGCAGCCUGCUGUCUGACUGCUGCCGGGCCAUCCUGCCACUUCCUUCAGCGGCUGAGCAGACUGGGGAGAUCAGGAAUGCAGAGCAGGCAGUGCUGCAGCUCCAGUCUCUGCACAUGGCCACGAAGGCUCUGGGCCGGCUCAUGGCAGUCCUGCUCAAGGCAAAGCCAAGCCCUGUCGACUUGGUAGACAUCGCCGAGGUGCUGUGGUUCUGGCUCUCCUCGGACGAUCCGUGGGUGUGCAAGAAAGCCCUGCAGGUCUGCGCCCAGCUGCUGGAGGACUGCAGAGAUGGAGUGGCUUUUCAGACAAGAGGUGCCUACCUGCCGUUUGGCACCUUGGCGGGAUUGCUGGGGCCUCUGACCUGUGAGCCCACGAGCAGCUCCCGCCAGCUGGCCGCUGCCUGCCUCAGCUCCCUUCUCCACAUCCAAGCCAAGGCCACGAACAGGCUGUUGGAGACAGACGACCCUGCGAGCUUGUGUGAGGGGCUGAGUGCUCGCAGCGACGCCUCUCAGCAGCUCCAGACCUCCAUCCGCAUCGCAGAGGUCGUUUGCAAAAACGUCCCCAAAGAACAGGCCGCAGACUUCAUGAAUGCCAUCCUGGGGCCCUUCCGGCAUUCCAGAGGAAGGCGUGUGUGUGCUGCAGGCAACUGGAUGCUCACCUUUCUGGAAGCGUGUGGCAAGGACAUUGGUCCAGACGUGCGAGGAAUCGUCUCCGCCCUGCACACCUGCACAGAGUCCAUGCUGGAGCCCUCGUUCGUGUACUUUGUGCAGCAAGCGGUGCUGAUCCUGGCCCGCCAUCACCGGGAGCUCACGAUAAACGUCAUCCUUGAGAAGUUUGUGCCUCUGGACAGAAACACACUGGAGCUGUGGAGGACUCUGGGGAGAGCCAGCAUUGGCCUCGGUGUGCUGAAGCACUUAGCGAGGAAGCUGAACAGAGUGGGAGACGACAGCUGCCAGCCCAGCUCGCCCACUCGCAGGCUGCACGCCCACCAGCCUUCUCCGGAGUCCUUGACUGUCACCCGUGCCAUCUCCGUAAUGGUGUCCGUGCAGUACAAGGAGGGGGUCCAGUGCUUGCUUCCCUCCCUCCUCCCUGGGCUCCUGCUGCAGCUCAGCAAGGCACUGGGGGAAGAGAUGCUGUCUGCGCCCCUCAGCCCCUGGAGAGGGCACGCUGAGGAUCAGCGGCAAGAGGGCAACGUGUGCAGGCCUUUCUGCAAAACUCUCAUGGCAGUGCUGAGCAAAUGCACUGAGAAGAGCUGGCUGAGGCCGUUCUGGAGGCAGAAAAUGUCGGCGCUGCUGGAGAGCCCCCGCACUUAUGCCGAGGGCAUGUGCCUCCUGACGAGUGUCCUGCUCCGUGCCCAGCUCAUCUCCCGGGAGCUGAUUGAGAUCUUCUCCCAGUGGUUGCGCUACCCAUCAGCAAACCUGCAGCUGACGGCCAUGGCUUUCUUUGCUGAGCUGAUGAAGGAGCCGCCUCUUGAGAAGAGGAACGUCCUGAAGAUUCUGCGUGUCUUGGCUGAGAAAGCACAGCACCAAAGCAGCACCAUAAGGCAGCUGGCAGCGAGAGCUCUGGGCAACGCAGCCGGCAGCAUGCCCGUGGAGGUGCGGAAGCACGGGAGACAAGUUGUCCAGGUGCUGCAACAGAGCCUGGCGGACACUGCCUGUCCCGAGGUGGUUGCAGAAAGCAUGCUGGCGCUAGCUGAGCUCGUGAGGGUGCUGCAGGCAGUGAACUUGGGAUCGGCCUUUGAAGACAUCGCCAGGGCCACCAAGAUGUUCUUCGAGUCUGAAGAAGAGUACCUUCGCUACUCGGCCUUGCGCCUCUAUUCAGUCCUGGCCUCCUCAGCCUCGAGCAAGCGGUCGUUCUUUGCCGGAGAAGUGGCGGAAACAUGGGUCAGCCUUUUCCUGCACCUCCGGGAUCCCGACGUUGCAGUUGCCAGCAUGUGCAAGAUCACCUUCAGUCUCUGUGCUCCAUUUAUGGGGCUGAGGCGGCCACAGGACAUCAUCUCUCUCUGCGAGAGGCUGGGUGCACAAGAGCUGCAGGAUGCGCUCUGCACUUACCUGGCCAGAAACGCCCCCCCCAUGUUGGAGAGGCUCCAUACCGUAGCCAGGAGAGGCUUCCUAGAGAACGGGCAGAGGCUGCACCCAUCGACCUUCGAAAUCCUUGCUUUCCAGGGCCCGAGCAGCACUGAGGACACCUGAGCGUGGAGAAGGCAGACAAGGCCCUAGGUGACCAUGGCACCCUGUGGGCAAUAAAACUCUGUAUAUGUA